ACCUUGACCAUGUACUUUCAGCAGGCGUGGAGGGAUAAGAGGCUGUCGUACAACGUCAUACCUUUGAACCUGACCCUGGACAACAGGGUGGCGGAUCAGCUGUGGGUCCCCGAUACCUACUUCCUGAACGACAAGAAGUCCUUCGUGCACGGCGUCACCGUGAAGAACAGAAUGAUCCGUUUGCACCCGGACGGGACGGUCCUCUACGGGCUCAGAAUUACGACGACAGCUGCUUGCAUGAUGGACCUACGGAGAUAUCCGCUGGAUGAGCAGAACUGCACGCUGGAGAUUGAGAGCUAUGGCUAUACAACAGAUGACAUUGAGUUUUACUGGCGUGGGGGUGACAACGCCGUCACGGGAGUGACAAAGAUCGAGCUGCCGCAGUUCUCCAUCGUAGACUACAAGCUGAUCACCAAGAACGUUGUUUUCUCUACAGGUGCCUAUCCGAGGCUGUCUCUCAGCUUUAAACUUAAGAGAAACAUUGGUUACUUCAUUCUGCAGACCUACAUGCCUUCUAUUCUGAUCACUAUCCUGUCCUGGGUUUCCUUCUGGAUUAAUUAUGACGCUUCAGCUGCCAGAGUUGCUUUAGGAAUCACAACCGUGCUCACAAUGACAACGAUUAACACCCAUCUUCGAGAGACUCUUCCCAAAAUUCCCUAUGUGAAAGCCAUCGACAUGUACCUUAUGGGGUGUUUUGUCUUCGUUUUCAUGGCUCUGCUGGAGUAUGCCUUGGUCAACUACAUCUUCUUUGGCAGGGGACCUCAACGUCAAAAGAAAGCGGCAGAAAAAGCUGCCAGUGCCAACAACGAGAAGCUGCGAAUGGACGUCAAUAAGGACAGAAGAAUAAUUGGCACAUAUCAUUGUCCAGAAAUGUAUUCAACAAAGAUGGACCCACAUGAAAACAUUUUGUUGAGCACGCUUGAAAUUAAGAACGAGAUGGCUGCCUCCGAGGCUGUGAUGGAGCUUGGGGACCCUAGGAGCACGAUGCUGGCCUACGACGCCUCGAGCAUCCAGUACCGCAAAGCUGGCUUGCCCCGACACAGCUUUGGCCGCAACGCGCUGGAGCGGCACGUGGCACAGAAGAAGAGCAGGCUACGGAGACGUGCAUCGCAGCUGAAAAUUACCAUUCCCGACUUGACUGAUGUGAAUGCCAUAGAUCGGUGGUCGCGCAUAUUCUUCCCUGUGGUUUUUUCCUUCUUCAACAUCGUCUAUUGGCUUUACUAUGUGAACUAAGAAACGAAGCCACACAGGAAGCACGAACUGGGUUUCUCUUCAAAUCGGUUGUACAGCCA